GCUUCAGAGAACAAUCCUUCUCCGGCCGCAGAGGCUGAACCUGGGCCCACUUCAGACAGUUCCAGGGUCCCAACACCUCAGGAAGGAGCCUCUGAUGAGAAGCCCAGUGAUCUGCAGUUUGAUUGGGAUGAAUUCGAAUCUUCCCCGAUGAAGGAAUCCUUACAUCGGCUCUGCAAGAGGUUCUCCAGUUCCUCCCCAGAAGAAAAGUGUGACAUGGCAACGUUCAUCGCAAGAAAUCAAUUGUAUAUGAUGAUGGAGCAUUACAUGGAAUCGGAAGAAACGGGCUGCGAUCAGCUCAUGUGUGGCGUCUUCUGGGAAUGCAAAGGCGACUACAACAACUGCCUGAAUGUCUUCCUGGCGAAGCUGAAUGAAAGUCAGAUUCAGGACAGUGAGGAACUGCCUUUGGACAAGGUGAAGGCACUCCGAGGGAUCAGGACCAUUGUAGCAGACCUCAUUGACAUGCUGGACCUGAGGCGCUGGCUGCCAUACCACUUUGUGGCCCUGACCAACGUCUUGGUCAAACAGUUCCAACCCAAGGAGCAGGGGACCAGCAGCAAGGUCAAAAAAUACACUGUCCCAGGGGAAGCAAUUGAUAUCUUCCAAGUCUUGCUCCAGAGACUGGACCUGGUGCACGACAUGAAGCUCAAAAUGCCCUUCGGUUGAAUGCGGACCAAAAAACCGUCCCUUCCAGCGGUGCCAUGGCUCUACCCCAAGGGACCUCCAUCUCCAGCCGAGGUCUAAGAAGUUCCCAGAAGACUCCCCUCCGGACUUCCUGCUGCCUCUGGGAAAAGGGAAGGAUGCCAUCGCGCAGCCUUCCCACGCUGCCACCACUUGGAUGCUGGGUGCAGACAUUUCCCCAUUUGGGGCGGGAUAAUCCUGGUUCCCCCCAGGGUUCAAAUGUCUCAUCCAUAUUGAGCCGCCUGCCCUAGGUUCCUGUGAUGGUGAGCACUAGCUCCAUCUGGAUGGAGCUCUGAGGCUUCAACUCCCAGAUUCCAGCCGGGUGCUUUGAGCUGGCUGGGCUCAAAUACCAGCUCUGCCAAGGAAAGAAGGCAGAGGGAGGGAGGAAGGGAGGACUACAUCUCCCAGCAGCCCUCACCCACCACCCCCUUCCUGCCACUGCUGGUCAGUCGGCCAGGCUCCCCGAAGCGCCUGCUUCCUUCCCUUCC